GGUUGUUAAAGUAUAAUACUGAUUUCAUGGAAUAUAUUGACACUGAAUUGAAUGAGGAGGAAUUAAAGGAUUUGGAUAGAUAUCACAUCUUCCUGUCAACCCAAGGGAUCCAAGCUGAAUGUAUGGAGGCAAAUCAAAAUCAGGUUCAACCAUACACUGAAGAUGCAGGUGGUCAGUGGGAGUUACCCCUCCAAUGCUGACAAACUGAUGUUGGCUAAAAGCAUAACAACAAUCUUCCCAUCAUUAAAGAUCAAGAUACAAGAAGAGAACGAAGGAUUUGAGCACUUUUAUGAUCCGGUGUCCCACUGUGGAUUCAUAGAGUUGAAACUGAGGAACCUGCGGAGAAACCUUCAUCAAGAUCAGAGACGCUAUCGCAAACGCGGGAGGGCCUGUGAGGCUUCUGGAGUAGCUAUAACACUACAAGUGAUUUCAGAAGGGGACGAAGAGUCUGCCAAGGAUUGGAUAACGGCUAUCAAAAGGAUGAGACCAUCUCCUGAGAACCUCACAUCUAUCGAAAUGGGCAUGGAGAAAACCUUCAACAACCGCAGGCUCUGGAUCUCAAGCCAGUCACCAACAGUAGCGGAGAUUCUCCAGCAGUACCCUCGCUUUGUAGACAUGCCAUAUUUGUUUGAUGCAGAGUUUGCAAGAAUGUUUCCGGGCAAGGAAGACCUCUUCCUUCGGAAAUGGGAAGGACAUAUUGUUCCGAAACUCCUGAAAGUGGCUACGCUUGAAAAGGAAAAUGACCCCAGUGACCCGUCGGCUGGUGAGGAGAUAGAUGAGUCACUUUGCUUCAGAGCCCUUAAGUUACUCACCCGUUAUCUACCUCCGACUGCAUCAGGGAGAAACAAAGGGUGGACAAAAUGCAGUGUCAAAUCAGCCCUGUCCUACAUCAUGGAAGUGAAACCGACUGGAACAAGCAUCCCCAGUCUUCUACAAGGAUCGUUAGAAGCAGCAGCCGGAGGAGCAGAAGUGGGAGUCCACCAGCCCAAGCUUGUGUGUAUAGGACAUCCCAGUACAACAGCUCAGUACAUAAUUGUGGCAAAGAAUGACAAAGUCGCCAUUCCACUUCAAGAUGAAGGGUUGACAUGCGCCCUGGACAAGUUGUUCUAA